AUGGUUAACCAGUGGGUGGAGGCUUAUGAGUACUACUAUGAUUACGUCACCGAAAGCCCAGCAGAGGAUUUUAAUUUUGAUCUAGAUGACUGGUUGUAUGAACUUCUGGAUGUUACAGAUGAGUGUGAUCCAAACCCGUGUUUGAAUGGAGGAACAUGUGACCAUUCUGCUGACGGGAGCUUCAGGUGUUCGUGUCCUGAACCUUACAUGGGAAAAAAGUGUCAGACAGUGAAAGACGUCUGUAAGAAUGUGAAGUGUGGCCACGGGAGCUGCGUGGUCACGUCCACCGCCCCGUUCUACGAGUGCAAGUGCAGGCCUCCGUACAAACCACCCAACUGCAAGAAAGCUUCCCCCUGCAGGCCAAACCCCUGUCAGAACGGAGGAUCAUGCAUGAGGGGCCCCAAGCGCUCCACCUUCCAGUGCUCCUGCCCUGAUGGCUACAGCGGGAAAUUCUGUGAAGUUGGGAGUAAUGAGUGUUACCAAGGUGACGGAGAGUCCUACCGCGGCAUGGUGAGUGUAACAGUCGAAGGGGAGGAGUGUCUGGACUGGAACUCCUAUUUCAUCGUGCAGAGGGGCGGAGAUCCCUUCAAAGAGUAUGAAGGCUUCGAUGGAAUUGGACCUCAUAAUUACUGCAGGAACCCUGAUGGAGAUGAUCAGCCCUGGUGCUUCAUUAACAAAAAUGGCAAACUGAAGUGGAACUACUGUAACAUCAGAAAGUGUUCUGGAGCUCCAGCGACAUCACCAACCGUCCAUGUAACAGAUCCAACUCCAGUCUCGCCAAACGCUGCCGCUGCCCAGUUCUCCCAGUGUGGGAGGCCACAGCCCGGCCGGUCAGCCAGGAUCUUCGGAGGGAAGAAGUCUCUUCCCGGGGCUCAUCCUUGGCAGGUCUCCCUGCAGACCAGAACAAAAGGCUCCUCGGGGCCCUUCAGCCACAUCUGUGGAGGCAUCCUCCUCCAGUCCUGCUGGGUCCUCACUGCUGCCCACUGCAUUAAAAAGGACAUGGAAAUGCAGGUGGUGCUGGGAGGAGUGGACAUAGAGAAAGACGAAUUGUAUGAUCAGGUCAUUCCUGUGGAGAAGGCCGUCGUGCAUGAGGAGUACAAGGAGAGCCCGUUUGCUCUUCAUAACGACAUCGCUAUGCUUCAGCUGAAAGUCAUGGACAGACCAUACUGUGCCAAAGAAACCCGCUUUGUAAAGACGGCCUGCCUGCCUAACCAGCCGUUCAGCAGUGGGACCGAGUGUGUGAUCUCAGGAUGGGGAGUGACUGAAACACUGAGAAAUGUUUGCAAGAAUGUCAAAUGUGGUUUUGGUCAAUGCAUCACCAACUUCAAGAAACCACCAUUUUACGAGUGCAAGUGCAAUCCUCCAUACCAGGGCCCAGACUGCAGGACAUUGCCAACAUCUGUCUGUGAUCCCAACCCAUGCAAGAACGGAGGCUCCUGCAUAAAAACGAAGCGCCGUUUCCGCUGUGCUUGUCCAGAUGGCUACAUGGGGAAGUUCUGUACAAUUGCUUCUGAUGACUGUUAUGUGGGAAAUGGAGAGUCAUACAGGGGUGAUGUCAGUUUGACAGAAGACAGGGAGGAGUGUCUGGACUGGAAUUCUAAUUUCAUUGUAAUAAAUGGGGAGGAUCCUUUCGUCACGUACUCAGACUUCGCUGGCCUGGAUUCAAACACACAAAACCACUGCAGAAACCCAGAUGGUGACGACAAACCUUGGUGCUUUAUUAAAAAGCAAGGACAACUGGACUGGAACUACUGCAAAGUCAAGAAAUGCUCUGAAGACCCAGCCCCACCAGUUACACAAGUUAUACCAGUUGUACCAGUUGUACCAGAUUCUUCCCAGUUCUCCCAGUGCGGAAAAUCACAGCCUUCUCGCACAAGCAGGAUAUUUGGGGGAAUCAAGUCUUCCCCAGGUGCCUACCCCUGGCAGGUGUCGGUUCAGGCAAGACCUCGAGGAUCUUCUUUUGGGUUUAGCCACUUGUGUGGUGGUAUUCUCCUCAAAUCCUGCUGGGUUCUCACUGCUGCCCACUGCAUAGAAGGAAAUUAUGACUGGCAAGUGGUGAUGGGAGGAGUGAACAUAGACAAGAAGGAGGAAAUGGACCAGACCAUCCCAGUGAUAGAAACGAUUGUUCAUGAGCGCUACAGGGAAGGACAGGCGUUAUACAACGACGUUGCUCUGCUUAAACUCCAAGCUACGGACAGUCCUUACUGUGCCAAAGAAACUCGCUUUGUGAAGACGGCGUGUCUACCAAGCCAGCCCUUCCCAGCUGGAAAGGAGUGUGUGAUCUCCGGAUGGGGAAAAACUGAAAACCGGACGUACAGCAGCCACCUGUUGAACGCUCGUGUUUUGCUGAUCUCUAAUGAGCGAUGCCAAAGUCCUCAGGUGUAUGGAAGCCUGCUGGACAACAGCAUGUUGUGUGCAGGGAUCCUACAGGGGGGCAUAGACUCCUGCCAGGGUGAUUCAGGGGGUCCGCUGGUGUGUGAAAAUGACGGCACGUAUUACGUGACCGGUGUGGUGAGCUGGGGUCACGGCUGCGCUCAGAGGAACAAGCCUGGUGUCUACGCCAACGUCCACACAUUCCUCAACUGGAUCAACAGCAAGAUCAACUAACUGAAGUGAAGGAGUUGACUGAACUACACUUUAUUUGUUGUCACUCUGCAUAUGCGAAUCGUUCUUAUUGUGUGAAGAGAAAGAAAUGACUGCUUAUUUUGCCCUUUGAAAAAACAGUUUAUUUCAUCAGCGACAAAACCAAGCAUUUACUCCCAGUCCAGCUUUGAGUUAACAGAGGAACUGUGACACACUCACAAAGCUGAACCUGCCAGACAACAGUCAUUUCAGUAGGUCUAUACCUGUCUCUCACUGAGCCUAGCUCAAAGUGCACUAGAUUAUCAGACCUGUCUUGCAUGACUGCAACAAGGCUGCUUGUUCAUUUGGACUCGCAGCAUGUCAUAUUUACUAAAGAUAAAAAACAAACAAUGUAAAAAUCCUUUGCACUUUGCAUCGCUGGCCACAUAAAUCCCUGGUCCAGCUCCGUACUUUCUGAACGCACUCGAUAUACAAAAGCAGAUUGUUUCAUGUCAGCAUUUCGUUCAGUUUUACUUUAAUCCUGCGACAGCCUUAAUUCAGUUUUGCUAAUCUCAAUGCUUUUGCUUUAACUGGUGUUGAUAAUGGUCCUUCAGGGGCAUUUUAACCCACUCAGAAGUUGAAAUAAAAUGUCAAGAAAUACCUUG